AUGCAGAGGUGCCUCACUCCUGGUGUAAUCCAAGCUUUUUCCAUGGACAACACAGGGCAAAGAAUCAAACCACAUGCUGCUGCCGCCUUGCUAUGUGGGUCUACAGAAAUGCCAUACAAAUAUUUAUUUGUUCUACAGACCUUACAUUCUGGCAAAGAGUUAAGCACAAACAAUACAGAAUCCUACACACACACACACACACACACACACAGUAUUUUUUCCUCUAUCUCUCCUAAGAGCUGCUUUCUGCUUUUGCUUCUCUUCUAUGCAAGCCUGGUUUACAUGCAGCCUUUGAGAUUUGUGAUUAGGAUUAACUCUUGUGCAGAUAUGCUAGGGUUUUUUUUGCUGAGUAAGAUUAGAAAAGAUGAUUGGCAUGACACCAGACUUAUACAGGGGGCGGGGAGAUAG